AGUCAGCCAUGCUCCAAUGACAUAACAGCGUUUGGAUUACGGUACGUCCUUGCGUUGUGGAGUUGUAGAACCGCGUGAUGGAGGUUGCGGUUCUGUUUUUGGCUCAAGUGGUUUCUGCGAAGCAGUUUCGCAGACCGGCCGACAAUGAAGCAAUGGCGUGAUGAAGGGCCACUUGGUGCCUGGGCGAGGCUCAGCAUCUUUGAGCUCACAGUGCUCACAGCGUUCCCUUGGCUUGUUGGAGUCCUUGUGAGCUACUUAUUUGCAUCAACCUACCAUGGCAUGCCACUCUCUGUGUGGCUCAUUGUGCUGACACUGCUUGCUGUGUUUGUGUGGCACAUCCGUCAUGAACCUGGAGAUCACCACUGGCAGAGAAUCUUGCCAAUCUCUUGCAUAGCUGGAAUACUGGUCUCCUGCAUCCUGGGCUUGGUUGCCUACAGGAAUUUCUACUCAAUCUAUUGGCUCUACCAUGAUAGCCAUGCCUAUGCCAACGUGUUGCCCUCUGAGCCAGCAGCUGGCUACUUGGAUGCUGGAAAGUUGGUAUUUGCGGAGGAGGCCCGUAUCGAUGCGACGAAAGGCAUGAGUUUCAAGGACGGUGCCACUUAUUGUGUUGCUCCAGUCAUCGACGCCAGCGGCGGCCCAAUCCAGUUUUGGGCUGCCGGCAUGGACUGUUGCAGCAGAGGCACCUUUGAGUGCGACGAUGCUUGGGAUCAGAAAGCACAUGCUGGGCUUGUUCUGCAAGCGCGAGACCAGUAUCGCCUGGCGGUGAGGCAGGCGGCAGCCGCCUAUGGCUUAGCGAGUGCGAAGGAACCAAUUUUCGUCCAGUGGGUGGUGGAUCCUGAGAAGGUGGAGCUGAACUACUGGAUGCUGGGAAAUGGCAUUCUCGUUGGCUCCUGCCUCAUCAGCUUGGUAAUCUCUGGUGUUUUGAAUGUCAUCCUACUUCGCGUCAGCGAGUCUGCUGCCAGAAGUCUUCUGAGAGACAAUCCGUUUUGAGCUCCAAAAUGCCGGAGCCGUUCC